UCCCUAUUAGUCCUGAUAUUUCUCUAUGGUCCCGAUAGUUUUUAUUUAAAAUCUGUUUCUGGCAAUAUUCUACUCAUUAAUUGGUUAUCUGCUGACUGUUCUAGCAACAUUGGUUUUUGACAAAUGACAAUAAUUUAAAAAAAAUGUGUGAAAGUGGAUGCGCGGUAUUAUUUUGAUUUUACAAUUUAAAAUUUUAUUUAUUCAGAAACAUAAACAAGCGGCUUGUGUUUGUAAAAUAUUACAAAUUAUAUGUGAAAAAUAAUUUAGUGAGAGCGUUCUAUUCUGUUCAUAAAAUAAUUUUUAAAUGAUAAAACAAACAGUGACGGCGCGAUGUGCGGAUGCCCCGAGCGCAGCCCUGCAGAGCUGUACAGCGCUCCAGUUGGAUCGAACGAUUGCGUAGUCGCGACGAGGGGCCGUAGCCUUCGAUGCUUUGUGUGUGUUUUUUAACAUGGCGUUCGUGGCGCUUCUGAAAUAAAAAAAACAAGAGAACGACGAGGAAUCAGCUAAUGUCAUUUGCUGGAGAAUAAACUCGAAGUAGAAAUAUAUUUAAAUGUAAUUUGAUCAAGAUGGAUGAUUCGUUUAUUAUCGCGAAUUUCCACGCGCUGUGCCGCCUCUGCCUCAAUAAAUGUAAUCUUACAAUGUCAAUAUUUAGUACUGCUGAUGAUGAAGCUAAUAUCUCUUUAACCUCGAAAAUCGCUGAAUGCUUCGAACUACAGAUGGAUCCCAAUGAUGGCCUCCCUGCCAGAAUAUGCUACAAAUGUUUGUUUAAAUUGAAUAAAUGUUCAAAAUUCAGAUCACAGUGUAUUCAAAGUGAGGCCAGACUGAGACAAAUAACAAACAGUGUCAAUGAGUUGGACAACUCAAACUCAUCUGAGCUGAGUUCUUUCAAUUAUAAUAACUUGCAGGAAACCCAAAAACCAAAAGCUGAAGAUUAUAUUGUUGAAGACAGUGUUGUGAUGGUUGUGGAUCCCAGCCUCGAUUAUGACUCUUCGGAAGAUUCAGAUAAUGUUGAUCAAGCUGAAGUAGAGACAGUGGAAAGAAACAACACACCAGAUGGAGACACAAACUCUGAAUCAUUCUACAAAAAUGUUUUUAUGUGUAAGUUCUGCGAUCAAGCCUUUAUUUCACAGGACAAAUGUAAGGAACAUGAACAUGGCUUCCACGACCCUAAUCUUCCCUACAAAUGCGUUGAAUGCAGUCUGGUAUUUGCUGAACGUACACAGUAUGUAGCUCACACCAAACAAGUUCAUGGAAGUGACAAACCUUACCAUUGCCCCGAAUGUGACAAAUGCUUUGGUCGAAGGUCAGAUUUACGUAAACAUUCAAUUGUACAUACAGGUGUAAGACCUUUCCAAUGUCAGUAUUGCUUGAAGAGCUUCUCUCGUAAUACAAAUCUGAGCAAACAUCUGAGAAUCCACGCGGGACACAAACCACAUGUUUGUCCACUGUGUCCACGCAGUUUUGUAGCCAAAGGUGACCUGCAACGUCAUGUAUUAGUUCAUUCUGGAAUGAAACCAUAUGCUUGUCGGAAGUGUCCACUGACAUUUGGUCGAAGAGAUAAGCUUAUCAAACAUGAAGUUAAACAUGGCCCUAUUAGUCCUGAACAUAAAGCAUAUGAAAAUGACCAAGAAACACAUGACAUGGUUGUCAAUGUGAACCCAUUCAAUAACCUGAUGACUUCACCUUCACAACUGAACUCUAGCAAUGCAAAUGCUAAUGAUUAUGAUCUACCUAGGGUACCAGAUCACAUUGCCGGUGAAGGUAGCUUUAUAAGCCAAAUGCAAAAAAAUCCAUCCACCUCAGGAAAAAGAAUACACAAUUCUCCAUCCAAGCAAAAAGUUACAACACCAACAAAAAACAGACCCAAAAACAUUAAAUGUCAUCAGUGCCCUAAAAGAUUUGCUUCAUUAGAUGCUUAUAAAACUCAUGUGUCUAUAGCUCACAUUGGUUCUAGAGUUUUUCAAUGUAAAAUCUGUUUUAAAAAGUUUUCUAGGAAGAGAGAACUCGACCGUCAUGUCACAAUACACUCUGGUAUGAAGCCGUUCAGCUGCAGCCAGUGCGAUAAAAAGUUUGUUAGAAAGGACAAACUAGACAAACAUGAACAGAUGCACGAAUGCUUGGUCGUGAACAUGCCUUGUAUUGAAUGUGGCGCCACAUUUGAGAAGAAAGCAGACUUAGUGGCUCACAUAAAGUCACACUUCACUGAUAAUUUUGAUGAAAAAAUCUCCAACACUGAAAUUAAGAAGGAGAACGAACCUGAUUUCCCCAUGGAAGACAAUUUUUAUGAUGAAACCUGAGAUACAAGACUAGACAUUGAAAAAAUGUCAUAGAAAUAACUUUUGUUUUUAAAUUAAUGUAAAUAGUUAUAAUGGUUAAAACUGUAAACAUACAUUUUAAUUGCUUGUUAUAUUUUAAUCAGUAUUCUAAAUUAUUGUAAUCUUGUUAAAUAUUAUAGGAUGCACCCCAACAUGUACUUAUAGAAUUUUAAACACUAGAUUUAUAUUAGUAUGUAGAUAUAUUUACCUACAAAUUAAAAUUAUGUUAAUAUGAGAUUAAUUAAGUUUCUAGUACUACUAGUUAUAUAGUAGUUCAUACCAAAAAUAGAUAAGUUAUCAGGAAUCUUGAUCUUUUGACGUCAUAUUUCUAGAAGUGGUAACACAAUAAAUGCAUUUACCUUAAUCUUGUGUACGGAUGAUAAUCAAGUGUUCUAUGCAGUGGCGUAACCAUAGGGUUUCAGAUUGGCAAAAUGCCACUUGCCCCUGGCAUGAGACAGUCAGCUCAAAAGUAGUCUAAUAUUAAAAAAUUCACAACAAACAAAUUUUCUGGAGCCCCGUUUUUGCCAAGGCCCCAGAUAGUGUAGUUACGCCACCAUUUGUAUGUUAUUUAUUUGUAGCUAUUAAUCAUUGUUACCAUUUAUUUUUUAUACUUGCAUAUAUUCAAAAUAUCUGACAAAAUUGUUUAUGAGCAAUAAUUAGUAAUUAAUUCCCUGUGAUUUUAAUGUUUUGAACCUAAAUAAAGAAAACCAAAUAUUGUUAUUUUUCAA